AAUAAUGCUUUUACCCCUAAAACAUUUGAAAACAAACCCCAAGAAAGAAAGUCCUCUUCUUGAAUAUAACUAAUAAAAAAAUUAAAUUUAAAAAAAAAAACAAAGAAAAAGAAAGAAGAAAAGAGAGGGCUUUGAUGAACUCAACUCAAUCAAGACUCAACUCUGAUUUUGACCCAUUUUGAAGCCUGUUUUAGUCUCAGUUGCUUUCAGUAUUCUUUUAUUUUAUUAUUCUUUCUAAUUAACAAUAAAAUAAAUAAAUAAAUAAAUAAAAGUAAAAUAAAAAAAAAAAAAAACUCUUUUGGGAUUUUCUUCUAUUCAAAAUUGUUCUCCUCCCCUCUGAAUCUGAUGGACAGACCGACCCAGAAAAAGUGUUGAACACUGGACAGACCAAUUUCCAUCGUAUAAAUAUACGUAUAUAUGUAUGUCUGUAUGUAUAUAUACGUACAUAUACACAUGUAUGAUAUAUCAGCAGCAGGAGUGUGGAGCUGUGUGCGAGUGUGAGUUUGAGUUCCCUCCAAUUCCAAUCCAAUCCAAUCAUGGGUUUCAGAGGAAAUAAAGUAUUUGGCAGAGCUUCUACUGAGCUGAGUUGCGCAUGUCUGCAACCGCACCAACCACAUCCACAGGACUCAAUCUGACCCACUCCACUUCUGAUUAUUUCCAUGCCUUUCUCUCUUUCUCUCUUUCUUUACUACUCCCAUAGGUCGUGGACUCUCCUGAAUGCCAGAUCUGUUGCUCGCUGGGCUCGAUCCUCCCCAGGUCAGUGAGACUUAGAUCACGGCAUUUCGUUGUGUUCUUUUUCUUCCUUUUUAUAGGAAUGUUAAAUACUCUAUCUUUGAAUGUCUGUGAUGGGAAGACAAGAACUGAUUUUUGACUUGGAAGUGAGUACUGAGUAGGAGUAGUAGUAGUAGUAUAAUACAGAGGAAAGUUUAUGGGUCCUGCUCGCACUCGGUUCGUAUCCCUGUAUUGUAUGCUCAUGUCACGGCAAUCUCAAUCUCAAUCUCAGAGAUAUCUGUAUCCAUUUCUGUUUCUGUUUUGGUAAAUGGGUAACGGCACCUCCCGCGUUGUGGGAUGUUUUGUGCCGUUUCAUGGGAAGAACGGUGUCGAUUUGGAGUUCCUUGAGCCACUGGAUGAAGGUUUGGGCCACUCCUUCUGUUAUGUUCGCCCCUCAAUUCUCGAAUCUCCUGCCAUUACUCCCUCAACCUCUGAAAGGUUCACUGUUGAUUCCAGCACUCUCGAUUCUGAAACGUUAAGUGGGUCUUUCAGACAUGAACUCUGGGAAGAUCAACCCUCCAGACCAAACAAGUGCUUCCCAGAAACCACUUUCAAAGCCAUCUCUGGUGCUUCCGUCAGUGCCAAUGUUUCCACUGCUCGCACUGGUAACCAAACUGCAUUGUUUGCCACUGAUGUCCUAGAGCCGGCUGCGUCCUUUGAGAGCACCUCCUCCUUUGCUGCCAUCCCUUUGCAGCCUGCUCCUCAUUGCUCUGGACCCUUGAAUGGCUUUAUGUCCGGACCCCUUGAAAGAGGUUAUGCUUCCGGUCCUUUAGACAGGAACGGUGCUGGUUUCAUGUCUGGUCCCAUUGAGAAGGGGGUAAUGUCUGGUCCUAUUGAUUCUACUGACAAGGCUAACUUCUCUGCCCCUCUUGCUCGCAGCCGUCGAAGACAAGGCCUCCACCGUCUUAUGAGGAGUGUGAGUGGGCCAAUGAAGAGCACUCUUUCUAGGACUUUUUCUAAGCAUUCCAUGGGGUCUGGUUGGAUGCAGCGGUUGUUCUUGCACCCAAUGACUCAAUUAACCUGGCAUCCUAAAGAACCAAAGUUUCGUCCUGACUUUUCUCGCAACUGCCCUGAUGGAGGACCAUCUGAAGGGGAGUACAGAAAUACUCACAACUUGCAAUGGGCUCAUGGAAAGGCUGGUGAGGAUCGGGUACAUGUUGUGCUCUCUGAAGAACAGGGUUGGUUGUUUAUAGGAAUAUAUGAUGGCUUUAGUGGGCCAGAUGCACCAGAUUUUUUGAUGAGCCAUCUUUACAGAGCAAUGGAUAAGGAACUGGAAGGACUGCUUUGGGAUUAUGAAGAUAAGCCUCCAAGUGAUCCAUUAAAUCUUGAGACCACUGCAGGGUGCAGCAGUAGGGAGGACAAGCCAAGUCAAGUAAUUUCAUGUCAUUUAGUAGAAUCAUGUAGUAUGGAUAAUUCUGGCUUUGAAGCAUCUUCCUCUGAAAUAGUUGAGGAAGAGGACAAAGGCACGAUUAAUGUAGAACAGCAAUUACCUAAUUGUGAAAAAACGAACAUCUCUGGUGCUCCAACUGCAAGCAUAACUGGUCAGGAAAGAAAAAGCAAGCGUCUUUAUGAGUUACUUCAGAUGGAACCUUGGGGUGAACAAUGUUCUUUUCCAAUUUCGGUACUGGGUGAUAAGCAACGAAAGGAGUGUCAGCCAAGUUCAAAUUCUUUGGGUUCUGGACAAUCUUCACAAGAGGGACAACUAAUAUCUAGCUCAUCGAAUACAAAGGGAGAGUGUUCUAACCAUCGGUGUGGAGAACCCACUACUUCCGGAUUAGGUGGACAGAUAGAGGUUGAUUAUGACCAUCAAGAUGCUUUACCUUCUCUUUCAGGGGAAAGGCAGAAUCCUGGAUUGCUCUUUCUCAGUUCAAAGAUUAGAAAAAUGUACAGAAAGCAGAAAUCCUUGCGUAAAAAGCUUUUUCGUUGGAGUUAUGAUUGGCACAGAGAAGAAACUUGUGCUAAUGAAAAAAUGGCAGAACAAUUAGGACCUACUAGGAGAUGCAAAGCAGGUACUGUUGAUCAUGAUUUAGUUUUAAAAGCAAUGGCACAAGCACUUGAACGGACUGAAGAGGCAUAUAUGGAAAUGGUGGAGGAGGCUCUUGAUAAAAACCCAGAACUUGCUUUGAUGGGUUCAUGUGUUCUUGUAAUGUUAAUGAAGGAUCAAGAUGUGUAUGUCAUGAACCUUGGGGAUAGCCGAGUGAUCUUGGCACAAGAAAGACCGAAUGAUCGUCAUCCUAAUCCAAGUUUUGUGAAGGAUGACGUGAGGCAUGGGAAUAGAUCCAGGGAGUCAUUGGUCCGUAUGGAGCUUGAUCGGAUAUCAGAGGAGUCUCCAAUGCAUAAUCACAACAGUCAAGUAAACAAGCUAAACAAAAAUAGGGAGAUUUCCAUCUGCAGAUUAAAGAUGAGGGCAGUGCAGCUCUCCACUGAUCACAGCACAAACGUUGAGGAGGAAGUUAUCAGGAUAAAGGCAGAGCAUCCUGAUGACAACCAGGCCGUAUUCAAUGAUAGAGUGAAGGGACAAUUAAAAGUCACCAGAGCCUUCGGUGCUGGGUUCUUGAAGAGGCCAACUUGUAAUGAAGCUCUUUUAGAAAUGUUUCGAGUUGAAUAUGUGGGAAAUGCUCCUUAUGUCAGCUGCAUUCCAAAUGUCAUUCACCAUCGACUUUCUUCUAGUGAUCGAUUCUUGGUACUCUCCUCGGAUGGGCUUUACCAAUUCUUCAGCAAUGAAGAGGUAGUUGCCCAUGUUACAUGGUUCAUGGAAAACGUCCCCGAAGGUGAUCCUGCACAAUACCUCAUUGCCGAGCUUCUUUUUCGUGCUGCCAAAAAGAAUGGAAUGGAUUUUCAUGAAUUGCUUGAUAUUCCUCAAGGGGAUCGACGUAAAUAUCAUGACGAUGUAUAUGUGAUGGUGGUUUCACUGGAGGGAAGGAUUUGGAGGUCAUCUGGAUAAAUUACUACUUCAUAUUUGCAUUCUUUUAGGUAGUUUUUUUUUCUUUUCCUUUUUUGAGUAUUAUUGCUCCUCAACAUUGUAAUCAUUUUUUGGUACGAGUAAAUCAAUCAUCUUUAGAAAUGAAAGUCCCAAUGCUCUCAUCUCAUGUAGUAUUUUGUAUUUGUGUAGAUAAAUUUUGGUUGCUGUUACUUUUCAUUUUCCCACAGCUGUUGCUUGAGAACUGGGGUUGGUUUUGUGACCUGUCUUGUCUAUAUGAAUCACAUUGCACAAUUCACAAACCGAACCACUAUUGGCUUUA